AUGAAUAAAAAUAUUAAUGAAAUCGAAAAAUAUCUCCAUGAAAUUGAAAAAAAUAAAAAUAAAUGGAAUCAAUUCUCUAGUUAUUGUUUAAAACAACGUAUUCCAAUGCAAGAUAUUGGAAAAUUUUAUGAUAAAGACAAGAAUCUUGAAGAAUUAAUUUCUUCCUUACCUCAAAAAUAUAAAUAG